UAACCCAACCACAGAGAACCAAAACCCCCAAACUACAAAUCCUCCCCUGCAAUCACCUCUCCAAAAACACUACAGGGGUUUGAUCAACUCACAGUGACAGUAAAGUAGCAGGGUUUUUCAAAAAACCCUAAUCGAUUAAUUAUUAAUCACCUUCCUUAAUCACUUCCCCUUUGCAAUCACAACCUAAAGCAGAGAAGAAAAGAGAGCAAAACAAAAAAUGCCUCCACAGAGAAAAGGUGCGGCAGCUAGGGUUUCGGAGGAUACAGAGGACCUCACCCGUCACCCGCUCCAAGCCAUCCUCUUAGCCGAUAGCUUUGCCACCAAAUUCCGUCCAAUCACACUCGAACGCCCUAAAGUGUUGCUGCCGUUGGUGAAUGUGCCGAUGAUAGAUUACACAUUGGCGUGGCUAGAAUCUGCUGGAGUUGAGGAGGUUUUUGUUUUCUGUUGCGCGCAUUCUAAACAAGUUAUCGAGUAUUUGGAGAAAUCCGAGUGGAUUUUGCAGCCGAAUUUCUCCGUUGUAACUAUCGAGUCUCAUAAUUCUGUUAGCGCUGGCGACGCUCUGCGAUUGAUCUACGAGCGCAAUGUGAUAAACGGAGAUUUUGUACUUAUUAGUGGGGAUACAGUGAGCAACAUGUCUCUCACACAAGUGAUUCAAGAACAUAAAGAGAGAAGGAAGAAAGACAGUAAUGCUGUGAUGACUAUGGUUAUUAAACAGUCAAAACAAUCUCCGAUUACCCAUCAAUCACGGCUCGGUACUGACGAGCUUUUUCUGGCAAUAGAUCCUCAGACAAAACAGCUUCUUUUCUACGAGGAAAAGACCGACAACUUGAGAGGGAUUAUACCUCUUGAUAAUGCAUUGCUUGGUGAUAAUCCUUCCAUUUGUCUCCACAAUGACAAGCAGGAUUGUUAUAUUGAUAUAUGCUCCCAGGAAGUUCUUAGUCUUUUCACUGACAACUUUGACUAUCAACACCUACGCCGUCAUUUUGUAAAGGGAUUGCUGGUUGACGAUAUUAUGGGCUACAAAAUAUUCACUCAUGAAAUUCACUCAAGUUAUGCGGCUAGGAUUGAUAACUAUCGAAGCUAUGACACUAUCAGUAAGGACAUAAUUCAAAGGUGGACUUACCCAUUUGUACCAGAUGUGAUGUUUUCUGGAAAUUCUGCUACUCAUCUUGAAAGAGAAGGGAUGUACCGAGCAUCAGAAAUUGAGCAAUCACGUUCUGCACGUAUCGGUCCUUUUACUGUUAUUGGAAAAGGCACUAGAAUUGGGAACAACUCCAAUAUUUCGAAUUCUGUCAUUGGGAAAGGGUGUUCAAUUGGAUCAAAUGUUUCAAUAACAGGUUCCUAUAUAUGGGAUAGCGUCACUAUUGAAGAUGGCUGUGACAUAAGGCAUGCAAUAAUAUGUGAUGGAGUGGUAAUAAAAUCAGGAGCAGCAUUGGAACCUGGCGUGGUAUUGUCUUUCAAGGUUGUGAUUGGACAGCAGUUUAUUGUCCCUUCCUAUUCAAAGGUGUCUUUAUAUCAGCAGCCAACUGUGGAAGAUAGUGAUGAAGAAUUGGAGUAUGCUGAUAAUAGCAGUGGAACCGUAGAUUCUUCAAUUACAUGUACUAUGGAUACGUUAAAUAGGGAAAUGAUGUCUGAGACGCCUGCAUCACAGCUCGGGCCUGGUGGUGUUGGCCAUGUUUGGUCAAUAUGUGAGGGAGGUCACGAGGAAGAAUGGAGACAUUCAGUUGCACCCAUUCCUGCUGAUAAACUUGCUGAGGCCACUCAAUCUUUGGAGGAUGAUUUGGAAUUCUUAAAUCUAGAUGGAAAUGCUCUCUCAACUUCUGGGGAGUUGAAGCCUGGUCGUAAUGGCACUGAUUCUGAAGACGAUGAUGCUGAAGAUUCUAGAGAUGAUUCCAUUUACUAUGAGAAAGAGGUUGAAGCAACUUUUUUGAGGGCUGUUAAUGAGAAUAUCAAAGUACCUGAUGUAAUUCUUGAAAUGAACUCUCUGCGGUUGUCAUACAACAUGACAUCCGCAGACUGUGCUGGGGCAAUAUUUUAUGCAAUGAUGAAACAGGCGUUAGAGAUUCCACAUGCUACUGCUGGUGAAUUGCGCAAAAAUGCAGCAAGCAUUAUAGAUGCAUGGAACAACCUUCUAAAGUUCUAUUCAAAAGAAAUAGAUGACCAGAUUGAAGUGAUAAUGAAAUUUGAAGAAAUGUGUCUGGAAUCUGUUAAGGAGUUCUCACCACAUUUUUCCCAGAUUUUGCAUAUUUUAUAUGAUAAAGACAUUUUAGAAGAGGAUGCCAUAUUGAGGUGGGCUGAUGAGAAAAAAGAUGCUGAAGAAUCAGAUAAAGUUUUUGUCAAGCAGUCAGAAAAACUCAUUCAAUGGUUGAGAGAGGCAUCUGAAGAAGAAGAUUGAGAAUGGAAAGGAUUUGGUUUUGGUUUUGUGCUCUAAGCUUUAGCUUUGAAAUUGAGACAGCCAUGUAGGUCAAAUGGAUGUACUCUCUUUAUGUUGUAUCGAGGUUGUAAAGUGGGGCUACAUCCAUGGACUUUUGAACUGAUUAGUUGCCCACGCUUAGGAAAUUAAAUUCAUCUCAUUGAGCAUUUA